GCGAUUCAUGAUCAUUCAUGGCAGAGGAUGAUCCUCCUGAGUCUCGCGAAGCUCCACAAAAGGUUAUUCCACCCUCAAAUGCUCCUAUCUCACCCCUUCUGACUCUUCACAAAAUUUGGGACCGCUGAACAAAGUUUCAAUGGCGUCUCAAUCGAAGCUUCCAUCGUCUCAAUCGAAGCUUCCAUCUGUUACUAUGGAGGUUCCUGGAACUUCUAAGGAUAAUUCUACACAGAAUCCAGGUAUUUUACUUAAGGAUAAUCAUUUUCCUCCAUUACCGUCUUCCUCGAAGCCUGGUGGGGGUGUUACGUCUCCUAUGCUCAAAGAGAUCAUUGAAAUUGAGGAUGUUACACAUGAAGAUUAUCCUGAACUCAUUCAAUCUGUGGACAAUAGUAUUUUGGAUAUUGCUACUAGUGCUAAGCUUAACUCUGCUUAUCGUGUGUAUUUGGAUACUUUGUUGAAUGCUGGUUUAUCUGAAGAGGCAAUCAAUUUUACUAUUAAUUUCAAGCCUAAGGGCCCUUCUGGUUACAUCACUGAUUUGCCUAAAUCUAAUGCUAAUGUUGGUCCAAGUGUGAAAACUGGGGAGAAUUCAGCAUCUGUUCCUUUGAAGACUGUUGUGCAACAGGUUGAGAAUACUGUUUCUGUUAAAAAUGCUCUCCCCCUGCUGAAAAAAUUUGCUCAGAUCCCCUAUGCUAAGCCUUCACUACCAGGACCUAAGAAACAACAAUCAAAUGUGCCCUCCAAAACCCCAGGCCAUGUGACUAAUCCGGGAACUGGCCCUCCCAACAAGCUUAGCUAUGCUCAAAUGGUAGGCCCUCAGAUUGCUCAAGCUCAAUCCACAAACUCCACCUUGAAUCAUAAUUUGCUGCCUGAUAGAGAGGUUGUUGUUCACAGAGAUAUUCCAACAAUCAGAUUUGCUGCUACUGAAAUAGAGUCCUUGGCCAAGAUUGAUAUAUUCAUUUUGGUUGGGAAAUUCUCCCAUGGUCAGCCCAAAUGGGAAUUGAUUAAGAAACAUUUUGCUACACAAUACAUCUUAAGGGGACAGGUCACUAUUGGCUGGAGAGAUUCUAGACAUGUGUUUCUUACCUAUUCUAAUUUGCAGGAUUGUACUAAAAUUCUUCUUAAGGGACUGCCUAUUCAUUUCUUUGAUGCUUCUGUUUUGGCUCUGAUUUGUAAACCAAUUGGAAAAGUGUUGGGAGUUGAUCUUGCUAUUCUCCAUAAGUCUAAACCACAUGUGGCAAGAGUUAGGGUGGAAAUGAACCUAUUGAAACCUUUGAUUCACAAUAUUUUUAUUGGCACAUCUACUGAACCAGGCAAGGAAGAUGAAGGCAUUUACCAAUCUUUUGAAUAUGAGCGCAUCCCCUUUUACUGUACUAAAUGUUUUAAACAAGGACAUGCUACUGAAAAAUGUAAACUGGAUGUUGAAGCAGGGUCAGGAUUUAUGAGACAAGGGCGUAGGAGAAGCAGGAGCAGAGGAAAAAUGGCCUACCCAAUCCCCCCUGGAAGUGUGCCAAAUCAGUCUCAAACCCCUCAGCAAGCUCCUUCAGGAAGUGUAUCAAAACAGUCUCCAACUCCCCAACAAAUUCCUUCAAAGGGUGUGCCCAAACCUCCCCAACAGGCCACACAAAGGAGUGAACUCCCUCUUAACUCUAAGCCCUUGAAAGGGAACUCUGCAGAACUUCCUCCUUUGCCAAAGACAGCCAAUGGUUCUCAAUCUCACUCUGGGCAGAUUGAACACCCUAAAAAUCAGAAAGCAUCAUCAUCAGGAUUCAAAAAUACUCCCCAUUAUAAUAAGGAUCCCAAAUCUCCUAAACAACCCAAAUACUCUCAAAAUACAGACAGGUCUACUAUUAAUAUGGUUCCUCAGUCCUCCAAUGCUUUUGCUAUCUUAAGUGAUAUCUCAGAAAAUCCUUUGAUGGAAUCCCUUCCUAGGUCUGGGAAAGAGAUCCAGGACCUUGCUGCACGUGCUAUUUCCAAUUUUCCCUUGCUUCCUGUUCCAAAACCCCCUGAUGACAGCAUAUCACAAAUGCAUUGUGCUGAGAACACUUCUGCUAAUCCUUCAAACAGAAGUGUCUUCUUUGAAGAAAUAGAUCAUGGUCCUGGAGAGAUGGAAUCUGAUGUGACUAUCUUGGAUGAUACUGAACAGAUGGUUAAUUUGGAGCUUUUCCACCUUGGGUCCAACUCCCUAAGCUAUGUUUCUGUGGUUUAUGCCAAAACCAAAAGCUGGCUUAGGAGAACUCUAUGGAGAGACUUGCGUGACUUCUAUACUGUUCACCCUGAUACUCCUUGGGCUGUUUUGGGAGAUUUUAAUUGCAGCCUACAUCCUGGAGAGAAACAAGGGGGUCUGCUUAUGACUUUCUCUUCCAGUUGGGAUUUCCAGCAAUGUAUUGAUGAUUGUGAUCUGGUGGAGGCUCCUUCCUGUGGCUCCUAUUUUACUUGGUGGAAUGGCAGGAAACAAGACAAGGCUAUCUGGAAAAGGUUGGACAGAAUGCUGGUGAAUCAAGCCUGGUCAGCUUCCUACACCACUAUGGUUCAUAACCUGAUUCCUACUACUUCAGAUCAUAGCCCUAUGCAUGUCACUUCUGUUUUCCAUCAGGAAUAUCAAGGGAGAAAGCCUUUUAGUUUUAUGAAUGCAUGGAUAACCCAUCCUGAUUUCUUGACAGUUGUUUCAGAUGCUUGGAGUACUCCUAUCUCUAGUUCUGCUAUGUAUGUUCUGACUGAAAAACUGAAGAUUACUAAGAAGGCCUUGCAAAAGUGGAACUUCAAAUUUUUUGGGAAUAUAUUCCAGAAACUUAACCAAUUUGAGGCACAGAUUCAAGAAGCUGAACAACAUCUUCAAGAGGAACCUUCUGAGUCUAAUUUCCUUAAACUUAAACAUGUGGAAGCCAGUUACCUAAAACAGCUACACAUUGAAGAUUUAUAUUGGAAACAAAAGGCUCACUCAAAGUGGAUCAAGGAUGGUGACAGGAACUCCAAAUAUUUCCACUCUAUUGUGAAGGGCAGGAGAAGAAGGCUCACUAUUCACAAAAUUAAGAGCAACACUGGCCAGUGGUUAACCUCUCAUGCUGACAUUUCCCAUGAAGCUGUUACCUUCUUUCAUAAUCUUUUUUCUGCAGAGUCUACUGCUACUACUGAUUUUGGGGUGUUAGACUGUGUCCCUAAUCUUGUCACUGAGGAAGAUAAUCAUAUGCUGGUGGCACAGCCUGAUUUGGAGGAGAUCAAGAAUGCUGUAUUUGCCUUGGAUCCCAACAGUGCUGCUGGACCUGAUGGUUUUACUGGGCAAUUUUACCAAUCUUGUUGGUCCAUUAUCAAUAAGGAAGUCUUUCAGAUGGUUCAAGGAUUCUUUUGGGGGGACUAUUUCUCUAAGGGCAUUAGUCAUACCUUUAUAAUUCUUCUCCCCAAGGUGGACUGCCCCAACACUUUUGCUGACUUUAGGCCUAUAAGCCUAUGUAAUUUCAGUAGCAAAAUUGUCUCUAAGAUUUUGGCUACUAGGCUUGCUAAAGUGUUACCAAAGAUUAUAUCUCCUAACCAAUCUGGAUUCAUUAAAGGCAGAUCCAUUACUGAGAAUGUGUUGUUGGCACAGGAGCUAUGUCAUGGGAUGAAAGCUAUUAAUAGAGAUAUUAUCUUCAAACUGGAUAUGGCCAAAGCGUAUGACAGGGUCUCCUGGUACUACAUGAAUAAAAUCCAGAGGCAGUUGGGGUUCAGUGACAAGUGGAUUGAUAUUAUUUUUAGACUCUUGUCAAAUAACUGGUACUCAGUUAUUAUCAAUGGAGCUAGAGAAGGUUUUUUCACAUCCAGCAGGGGCUUGAGGCAGGGGGAUCCUCUGUCCCCUGGUUUGUUUAUCAUUGGAGCUGAGCUCAUUUCUCAAAUGCUAAACCAGAGAAUCCAGCAACAGGCUUCUUGUCUCUUCUCUCAACCUAAUGGAAUCUCUCCUUUGAAUCAUUUAGCCUUUGCUGAUGAUAUGAUCAUCUUCACUUCUGGUAAAGUCAGUUUUUGGUGGGACAAUUGGAGUGGCAUUGGGGCACUUGGUGCUGUUUCUAAUCAACUCAAUGGGAAAUAUCUUUUAGAACCUUUAAAAACCUAUACUUUGAACAAGCAGUUUGACUUUUCUAAAUUGGUUGACAUUCUUGAUCCUGGCUUUUUCUUCCAUUUCAAUGUGAAUCUGGAUCUGAUUGGUUCCAAUGUGCCUGACCAGCCCAUUUGGAAACCAAAGAGUAAUGGUCAAUUUUCUAUGCAAGCAGUUAAGCAUUUUCAUAGGCCCAACAACUCAGUGGAUAAUGUUAUUAUUAAUUGUUGGCAUCCAUGUGUUCCUUUUAAAAUCUCUUUCUUGUACUGGAGGGUCCUCUUUCAAAAGCUUCCCAUGGAUGAUUUUCUCAUGCAUAUUGGAAUUCCCACUGUCUCUAAAUGCUAUUGUUGCACUCAUCCUCAUGCGGAAAGUUUGGAGCAUGUGUUUUGUAAUGGGGAACUUGCUCACCAGGUUUGGAAGCACUAUGAGUAUGUGUUUGGUAUCCAUGGAAAUUCUCACACCAUCAGACAGCAUCUACAUUUAUGGUGGAAGAACAAACUUCAUUCCCAGAAACCUGCUGUUAGAGAAUUCCUUCAACAGUGUGUCCCUAUUUUCAUUCUUUGGGUCUGGAGAGCCUAUUCUUCUAUCAAAUAUGGGGGCUGUGAUUACUCAGUGGCUAGAGUCAUCCAUCUUGUGGGGAAAGAGGCUGCUAAAGCUUCAUCCAGAAAGUGGCCUUCCUUAAAUGAAGUUCUUCCCCACUGGAAAUCAGUGUUCAAACUUGCAGGCACUUUACCCAAAUCCUUUAUGAUCAAAAAGGUUUGUUGGCAAUAUCCUGAGGGAGAAUCUGUUAAACUUAAUCUUGCUGGAGGACAAUUUCCUCAUCAAACUGCUGCAGCUGCUGUCCUAAGGAAUAGCAAAGGGGAAUUCCUUUUUGGUUAUGCUUCUUCCAGCCCUAAACCAAAGUACAUGGUCUAUUUGGAAGUUGCAGUCCAAGUUCUAAGUUGGGGACUGGCGCAUGGCUUCAGAAGCAUUAUCAUUGAGACUGAUGAAGGGGAGGUUCCCUUCCUUCAACUUGGGAUUAACCCGGAGCAAGAUGACUAUUUAAGAAAGUUUCAUUUUCUUCUCUCUUGUGUGAGAAGCAAUUGGGUAGGACCAGCCGUUGGCUUGGCUGUUUUGCUCUGGUGUGAGUGUGGUCCUACCCUUUUGAAGUACCUGAUUGUGAGGCUGUGCUCUUUGGCCAUUGUGCCUCGUUUGGACUUGUUGUGUUGUUUUGUUGUUAGGACCGUAUGUGGCAUUGGUCAUGCCGUAGUAUAGUGGUUUUGUUGCUAGUUAGGACCUUCUUGUGGCCUUGGUCAAGCCUUUUUCUAGGUUCCCUUACCCCUUACUUUUGAGGAUUGUUCCCCCCGGAAGGCUUGUCUUCCGUAUGAGGGGCUGGCUUUAGGCCUCGGUUUGGUCCUCCCCUCCUUUUGUAUCCUCAUGCUUUCUUAAUAAUAGCUGGUAAGGGUU